GCACUCAAUAGGCAGAUGCUGAACGGGCAUGGCAGGGGAGCAUUUGGUGCUUGUUCAUGGGGAAGGGCAUGGAGGGUGGUGCUGGUUCAAGCUCCGGUGGCUCCUUGAGGGCUCCGGCUACCAAGUGACCUGCAUAGACCUUGCCGGAGGCGGCGUAGACCCAACCGACCCCAACACUGUACGGUCAUUCGAGCAGUAUGACAAGCCGCUCCUGCGCCUCAUCUCUGCCUUGCCAGAGGGUGAGAAGGUGAUUCUCAUUGGGCAUGGCAGUGGAGGGCUGAGUGUGAUUCACGCAAUGCAUGAAUUCGUUGACAGAAUUAAGCAAGCAAUAUUUGUGGCAGCUGCUAUGCUGCCAUUUGGACUUCAGACUGAUGAAGAUAAGAAAGAUGGCUUACCAAGUUUGCCUGAGAAUGAGACCGAGUUGACAUUCGGUGCAGGAGCAGAUGAUCCUCCAACUACUGUCGCCUUGAGAUUAGAAUUCCAGCGUGAUCGACUAUCACAACAAAGCCCUGAGGAGGAGUCAAUACUGGCUUCAAUGCUGAUGCGCCCAUGGCCUGCAAGUGCUAUUGGUACUGCAAGCUUUGAAGGAGCUGAUGAGAGAUUGAAUCGAAUAAAGCGGGUUUUCAUAAAGACACAGCGUGACCACAUGCUGGACCCUCAGCAGCAAGAUUCCAUGAUCAAGAAGUGGCCACCCAGCGAGGUUUUGGUCAUAGAUACAGACCACAGCCCCUUCUUCUCUGCACCAGAACAGCUCUUUAACCUAAUAGUCAAAUCUCUAUGAUGCAAAUAUGCAGAUUACUGAACUCUCUAUAGUGGGUUUGUUCAAAUUCUUGUAACAUGACAUAUACUAAGUAUCCGAGUUAGGAUAACAUCUUUGUGAAGCAUGUUUCUCAGGGAAUCUUCAAGACAAAUGGAUAAAUGGUUUAAGGGUGUAAGUAAAGCUGGUUUAGGGUAAACAUUACCAUUCACUUUGUAAGCAAGUAACUCAAAUCAGGCCUACGUAAUUCCCAUUUUAGAUAAGUCUACGUGUUAUUCCAAAAGAAAAAGGAAAAGAAAAGGACCGAGUCAAAGG